GGAUAUAGGUUAAUAAAAGUGAUCGGCGAUCUUCACUCUCUGUCCUGUGGUCUUUUAGUAAGGAUCCAUCCCGAAUCAACCGCGAUCUUGCACCAGCAGCAGCAUCCAUAGGCUCGAGGGUCGUAAAGGAUAUUUCUUCAUCCAUAUCUCCUUAACCAAAAACAUCGACAAUGCCGGGACUUUCGGAUCCAGUUGCGUUCCUAAAGGAUUUUGCGGCCGGUGGCAUCUCGGCCGCAAUCUCCAAGACUGCUGUUGCCCCCAUUGAGCGCGUGAAGCUGCUGCUGCAGGUCCAGCACAUCUCGAAGCAGAUCGCUGAAGCGGACCGCUACAAGGGAAUGGUCGAUUGCUUCGUGCGCAUCCCGCGCGAGCAGGGUUUCUCUGCUUUCUGGCGCGGUAAUCUCGCCAACGUCAUCCGUUACUUCCCCACGCAGGCCCUUAACUUUGCCUUCAAGGACAAGUACAAGCAGGUCUUCCUGGGCGGUGUCGACAAGAACACGCAGUUCAUGCGCUACUUCAUCGGUAACCUGGCUUCCGGUGGUAUGGCCGGCGCCACCUCGCUUUGCUUCGUCUACCCGCUUGACUUCGCCCGUACCCGCUUGGCCGCCGAUGUCGGUAAAGGCAACGAAGCCCGUGAGUUCAAGGGUCUGGGUGACUGUCUUGGAAAGAUCUUCAAGACUGACGGUAUCGUCGGUCUGUACCGUGGCUUCGGUGUUUCCGUCCAGGGUAUUAUCAUCUAUCGCGCUGCCUAUUUCGGCUUCUAUGAUACUGCCCGCGGUAUGUUGCCGAAUCCCAAAACCACUCCAUUCUACGUCAGCUGGGCCAUCGCUCAAGUCGUCACCACCGUUGCCGGUAUCGUGUCCUAUCCCUUCGAUACCGUCCGUCGUCGCAUGAUGAUGCAGUCGGGUCGUGCCAAGUCCGAGAUUGUGUACAAGAGCACCCUCCACUGUUGGGCGACUAUCGCCAAGCAGGAAGGCAGUGGCGCUUUCUUCAAGGGCGCCUUCUCCAAUGUUCUGCGUGGUACUGGUGGUGCAUUCGUACUUGUCUUGUACGAUGAAAUCAAGAAAGUUCUGUAAACCUCUCGUUCCUUUACCAGCAACCUUUCAUCACCCUCCAUACCUCCGAACCCCGAAUCCUCCCAUUCCCAACACAAACCUAUCCUUGUGUAAAAUUCCUGGUUUCUCUACCGUUUAUUCCAAAAAUCGCCCUGCAACAUUACCACCAUUCGAAACCUGGUGUUCAAACUAUCUGUAACGAAGCUCGAUAAACAUUACGUUGCGUUUGGGUAACGGCCAGCAAAGUAAGAAACGACCAGUAAAGUAUUUUGUCGAGCCUUAGUGCCAUGGA